GUUUCGCCCACUGCUCAAUCAGCUCGCGGGACGUGGCACCGCGUGGCUCCAUCUCCGCCAGCCGCUCUCUUCACAACUCAACGCGCUCCUUUGCAAUUGUUGCUCUCGAUUCAGCUGAACAACAAAACAUUCGCCUCUUGUACAACAAAAUGUUGCCAAAGAUCGCGCCUCUCCGCAUGGCCGUGUCGGCCCUGUGCGUGUGUGCCGUGCUCUCCGCCAAGUCGGCGCCGCGCGUUGAAAAGCCCGACGACCACAAGGAGCUGAGGAAGAUUAUCCGCACGCGCAACAACGUGCUGGUGCUCUACCACCAGGGAGAAUCUGGCUUGGACAAGAAACUAAAGCUUCUGUCAGACGUAGGGCAGGCAGUGCGCGGUAGCGGCACUGUGGCGUGGGUGGACUGCGGGAACUCGGAAGGCCGGAAGCUAUGCAAGAAGAUGAAAGUGGAAUCUGGAGGGACCAGCAAACUGAUGCAUUACAAGGAUGGAGAGUUCCACGUGGAAUACGAUCGCGCUGAAACAUUUAAGUCGCUGGUGGCGUUCAUGUUCGACCCCACGGGAGACCCGCUGUGGGAGGAGGAGCCCGAUGCCAAGGAUGUUGUGCACGUGCACAGUGAUAAGGAGUUCCGAUUGCUGCUCAAGAAAGAAGAAAGACCCAUCCUCAUGAUGUUUUACGCGCCCUGGUGUGGCGUCUGCAAGAGGAUGAAGCCGGUGUUCCAGGAGGCAGCCACCAUGGCUAAAAAGACAUACGUUCUGGCUGGAAUGAAUGUACAUCCGGCUGAGUUCGAUGGGAUUAAAUCAGACUUCAACGUGACUGGUUACCCCACCUUCUGCUACUUCGAGAAAGGAAAAUUCCGAUUCAACUACCAAAGUUACGGAGCUCAGGCCAAAGAUAUUAUUGAAUGGCUAAAAAACCCUGAAUCGCCCAAGCCCACUGUUCCCGAGGUGGCAUGGAGUGAGACAGACUCUGCUGUGUUUCAUCUGACGGACGAAGACUUCCAGGAUUUUGUGGACAAGCACCCCAAUGUUUUGGUGAUGUUCUACGCCCCCUGGUGCGGGCACUGCAAAAAGCUGAAACCAGACUACGACGAGGCUGCGAAGAUUCUCAACGAAGAGGAAAACAGCCCUGGGGUCUUGGCAGCUGUUGAUGCCACCAUACACAGAGCCCUUGCCGAGCGCUUCUCCAUCAAGGGCUUUCCCACGACGAAGUUCUUCCAGGACGGGGAGGAGAAAUACACCGUGUCUGACCUGCGAUCCAAGGACAAGAUCCUCUCUUGGAUUCGCGACCCCCAGCCGCCACCGCCUCCAGAGGUGCCGUGGGACGAGCAGGAGAACGACGUGGCUCACCUGUCGGUGGCCAACUUCCGCGACUUCCUCAAGAAGAAGCGUCACGCCCUGCUCAUGUUCUACGCCCCCUGGUGCUUCCACUGCAAACAGGCCAAGCCACACUUCACUGCUGCAGCCGCACAACUCAAAGACGACCAUAAGGUGGCCCUGGCAGCUGUGGACUGCACAAAGCAGGACAAUAACGAGCUGUGCAGUCAAGAGGGCGUGAGGGGCUACCCCACCAUGAACCACUACACAUACGGGAAGUUUGUGGGGCCGUACACUGGCGGGAGACAGGAGGCUGACUUUAUCAACUUCCUACUCUCGCUGCGGGGAAAGUCACAUUCCGAACUCUGAAAGAUUUGCUCCUGGGUCCCUCCCAGCUCCCCUACACCUCCCAACUACGCACCCCCCCCUUCUGUUCCACACCCACCCUGACCGCAACUGGCCCUCGACAUCAACCCACCCUUAAGCCCUGGCAACACGAGGCUACUUUAUGCAGGAUUAGCGUCUUGACUGCUUCUGACAAAAAAAGGGGUUUUCGCCUGCUGACUUGGCGUCCAAUGGUAAACGCAGUCUUGUUGGUACUUGAAGUUCACUUCAGAGACUGUGUGAAAAGCCUAACCUGCUUAUCAAGGUAUUGACCUACAAGGCUAUGUAUCAUUCGGUCAUUAAAUCAAGUUCAGUCAGCCCUUCAUUUAAUCAUGUGAGAGCCCAUUGAGAUACCAUAUUCAUGUAUAUAUGCAACAUCUUAUCUGUUAUACAUUAAAACGUGUGAAGACAUUUCAAGUCAUGUGACAGUAGGGUAAGAGGCAAAACAAUUCAUACUCAUGCAUAUGUGUGAAAAGCAAAGAAAUAACUGAUGAACACUUUUCCUAUCAUUGGUGUAUCGAUUACUGACCAUUAACCUUGGCUCCUGUGUCUUGCACGUUUAAUCGUGUUUAUGCUACGCACAAUUUUCUGAAGCUGCACAUACUUAUAACCAGCGAUACACGAUGCGUUUUCGUGUUGUGCCGAGUGUUGUUGUUCUUGUUCGGGACGAUGUCCGACGUUUCGCUCCACACUCUUGGAGCUUCUUCAGGAACCGAUGUCGGCCAACGUAAGACAUUGUCCCGAGCAACUCGCGGUACAAUCCAUCCCAAAGCACAACAGAGAGUCGUGCAGCGGCGACAAGCGGACUUGUGACAUACAACAAUUACUCGCCUGUGGGUCCCAACUGGGUUUUCUUUUACAGCCAGAUGGCGUGAGGUUGUUUUACUUCACCGUUGUCAAAGGGUUUAUACGAAAUAAACAUUCUCUCCAGUUAACGAUGAUGAUGAUACCCUAACAGCUGAGAAAAUAACGUGUAGCAGCUGCGACAGAAUGUAAAUCGUUGCUCAUUGGGCUGCGGCACGUGAACAAACGUGUCCUUUGGCCGAGGAUUCCAAGAUGUGGUCGGUGUUUAUCAUACGCAUCCUGAAAUGAUGUCCACUGCGAGCAUUCUUCCAAAUGCGCGAGUGGGAUUAACCUGUGCCCGGAUUAACAACCUAGACAUCGAUUUGGAGUUGCUACUCAAAAUUUAGAUCCAUACGAAAUAAGGGAGUCUUUACCAUGGGACCAUGGGACCAAUUUGCUGGGGAGUGAUGCCUCGCAAGCAGAGGUCGCAAACGGGUUUUGAUUCCUUACCCGUACCCGUACCCGGCCGCACCAGGGUCCCAAACGUGUACCCGGCCCCGUACCCGUACCCUACCCGUACCCUGCCUGGGUACGGGUAGGGUACGGGUAUCGGGUACCUGAUUGCGACCUCUGGGAUGAAGCCACGUUGCAGGCACGGGUGGGUUGAUUCUAGGAACUUGAAUUGUGAGAAGAGACAAGACGUUGGGAAAUGAGUGACAAACAGUUACUCACCAGUGACUCACGGUCUACCCGUACCUGGCCGCACCAGGGUCGCAAACGGGUACCCGUACCCGGCCGGGUACGGGUAUCGGGUAGGGUAUGGGUAUCGGGUACCCGGUUGCGACCUCUGCUCACAAGUCACGUGUUCCUGUCGCCAGAUACCAAAGCCAGAUUCCGGGAAUGCUAUCUCAUUGAACCAUUGUCAGAAUGUAAACGAUGUAUCUUGCACUGCUUGACUACUUUUUUUACAUGAUUACCGUUAAAUAUUCAAAGUUUCUUCCAAGACCGAAUGGGAGGAGGAAAUGAUGGCUUGUCAACAGCUUGGAUUAAUGUGAGGAGGACAGCAGCAGAUGAAGCUGACGUAGGUCACGCAACAAACGUCGGACAACGUGCCGAAAAACGAAUGGUACAACCUGAAAAUGCAUCGUAAAUCUAAACAGCACAACCAUGGAAAAACAUACGUAGUAUUGUCAUGAAGACUCCACGUUUGUCACGGACGAUUGCUUACCACAGAAAUAUAAUACGCUGGCAUUUGCGCAAUAGCUAAAUUCAUUGCAUAGUGUUGUUAUUGCUUCGGAUAAACCAGCCUAAAUUUAUUUUGAUCAAGUUAGGAUAAAUCACGUGGAAGGCAAGGAUUAUGUAAUGCUUUCCGACAUGCGGUUUUCAGUAUGUCUUAGUGCCCACCCCCUAUUAAGGGACAGAUGGACAGAGCUAAUUCCGUAAACACUUUCAACCAAAGUUGGAAAGCUCUAAAAAGUAAUCAAUUUCUAUUGAGUUACUUUGGAAAUUACACGUGGAAUUCUGUUACUUUAUAUGUAAAAUCUUAAGUAGUCCGAGGCUGAUUACUUUUUUAAAGUAACCUUCCAGUACUGGAUAAUUGGAAAAGUUUGCACCCUCAACGUAUCAAAGAGAACAUUACACACAUCUUGUUUUUCGAUGACUCGUAUUCACAUUGCAACUCCAGCAUACUUCUGCAAACUAUAAUAAUUCUUUAUUUCAAUUUGUUUACUUGUCACAGUGUACCUUUGCACUAUUUACAAUCACCGCGGUUCAAAUAAGGUUUACUGUACAAUAUUGUUGCCGUGAUAGGUGUAAUAUUUUUGGUUUAAAAUUUUCGUUCGUAAAUCAACAUCUUACUAUAACUAAAACAUUUGUAAAUGACAUGCUGUAGUGCUUACCAUUGCGUGAUUUCUCUUUCUGAGCAUAUUCACUUGCUUGACAGUAAGAUUUGGGCUAAUAGGAUGCAUUGUUCAGGAUAAUGACAGUGAGUGACCUACGUGGGUCAAGGUUAGAGUCUUGUAUCGAGAAAGCAUCUUGGUGCUUGGACAUAGUUUGUGUGGGUGUGGAUGAUUCCAUCCGUUGUCUUCUAAACAGGUCAGAGCCCAGAUUCGUUUUCUUAUUUACAAGUCAAUGUCAAGUAAAACCUGUCCCCCUGCUCAACGGAAUUGGAGCUGGUGGUGGAAAUUCCACAUUCACAUGGUGAGGCCCCAGGCUCAAAAGUGGUAAACAAAUCGUGCUGUGUAAGAGGGUGCCGGCCACAAAUCCCCAUCUGUUCCUGCCCUUCUCAUUUCUGAAGAAUUCUUCUGUCAUGAGAAACCCAUCCCUUGUGAUCAAUCCCCUUUUAUUUUCACCCUCUUGCCCGUCUUCCCUCUUUCUGCUAAUAUUGUUUGGUUGUUUCUGCAGACUUGUGUGCUGAACAACUCGCUGUAUCUGCAUAGCCAUAAACACACGCCCAUUCCCAGAACCAAUUCAUUUAUUUUCCUUUUGAUCCAAAAAAACUCGCAACAUUCUUAUCAACUGCCACAUUUAGAACUCAUCUGACCCCAGCAUGCUCAAUCCUGUAAAGGAGACGUGUGUAGAGCCAAAACAGUUCGUUCUCGGCGGUACCUUAUUUUUAAUGCUUUACUCAAAAGUCGCAAGGUUUUGGAUUAACCCAUUUCCAUUCCGAUGACGUAUGUGUACGUCUUCAGUUCUUCCCAUUCUGAUCCAAUGACGUACACGUACGUUAUCAGAGCGGAAUCGGAAGAGGGCCAUACGCGAGGGCGUGGCACAGUUUGGCGCCAGCUAUUAUAGUGCGGUCGUGUUGCUACAUUUCUCUACGGUGAGUACAAUGUCUUUAAAAAUAACAGCGAUGCGCCUCUAAAUAAAAUCAACAAUAGCCGCUUGCGCGUUUAGAGAUUCAGUGGUGAAUUAGCAGACGUCUCGGAACGGGAAAGGGUUAAACUGCCGUGCACAUUUCAGCCCACGAUCUGUCCAAUGAUGAGUUGAUAAUAAAGUUGGAAUGAACGACUCGUCUACAGGUGGAGAAGAACACUGCCACGUGCUCAAUUCGAGGAGGGAGAUGUUUUGACGUGGCGUUUUUUUUUAUGAGAAGAGCAAAAUAUAAUCAGCCGGUUUAUCCACAGGGUUACCAUAACUCGAGGAACUGGCCAGACGUUCCAAGCAGGAGCCUCCUGGAAAAUUCUUGACGCUCGGCGAGUCUGUUUCAGGGUGAUUUUUUUCUAAUUGCCUUGCGCGAUAUGUUAGUUCUCGAACAGUUGAAUUGACUGGUCUUAGUUUCAUGGAGUAUAAAUCGCAUAAUGAUAAGACUCAAUAAUUUUGGUUGUGUCCUAUAGGGUGUGAGUUAGUCCAUUAGAAUGGGUUACACAUUUGUGUUUUAGGGGGGCGACUUUUUUUAGCUUCACUCGCAAAGUGUUUGUAUUGUGGUGGCGAAGCCAUGCUUCCGGUGGUGGUGAUGGUGAUGAUGAUUGGUGUCGUUGGACCACGUGGCUUGUAGACAUCACUUUCGUGAUGUUACUCAAGGGUAAAACAAAAACAGGUUUAUAUAAAUUUAAAGCCCUAAGCCUGCACGGUGAAACUACCUCGAUGAGAUCUACACUCAAUGUUGAGGUGUCUGGGUGGUUCGGCUCUAAUAUUGUGUUAAAGGACUGCCAGCAAUAAUGAGGAUCCUGAGUUAGAAUCUGGGGCUUCAGCCACCCUGGAAUAAACCGGAUGCUCAUGUGUGGUUAGUUCAUGGUUUCAUUUUGGUCACCAAUUACUGCACAAAUUUUUUUCAUAAAAUGGUAUGUGUCCCUAAACUCGGCAUAAUCCAGGUGUGUUAAAUAAACAUUUUGGUAUGA